AUGCAUUGUGGGUAUAUCGGACGGCCUACAAAACUCCAAUUGACGGUGAAUGCAAACUACGACAAAGCGGGUCGAAUUAGGAAGCUUCAAUUGAGCGAAAUUGAGGAAAUUCGAGAUGAAGCCUAUGAAUGUGCAUCCGCGUAUAAAGAAAAACUCAAGAAGGUCCAUGAUGCAAAGCUGAGAAAGAAGACCUUCGAAGUGGGUCAAAAAGUGUGGUUGUGUAAUUCGCGGUUGAAGAUGUUUGCGGGUAAACUUAAGACUAAAUGGAUGGGCUCAUAUGUCAUUCGGCGAGUCGGUAGAUUUGGUGAUGUUGAUAUUCAAGAUGAGCAAACCAACAAGCAACAAACGAUGAAUGGACAUCGGUUAAAGCCAUACUUGGAAGGAAACGACAUCAAUAACUUGGAGCUUGACAAAGUGGGCUACAUCCUAUGCUCGGUAGAUAAAGAACAACUAUGA